CGGUGUAUAAUAUAAGGUAGAUGGAAAACCCCCCUACCGUAGGUAUACUGGAAUAUCCUGAAAGUCAUAAAGUCUCAUGCAAAAAGUACCGAUUGGUUGCCAUAACGCCAAGCCGGAUGGGGGGCAAACGCCGGGGAAACUCGAAAGCUGGGAAGAAGAGCGUGGGGGUUUGCGGGCAGGAGCCGGGGAAGGAUGAUCCAUAUGAUCCAUCAGCGAAUAUCCCCUUCUCUUCUCGUCGCCGUCGUCUCCUCCGUGCUCCUUGCAGGGCCCAUCUUGGAUCAGGAACUUACUGGUUACAGGACGCAUAUUACCAUGAUUGUCGAUCGCAGAAUGUCGCCAUAAGAGUGAGAGAGAAAAGGGCCGACGACAGCCGGGGGGGGGGGAAUACUGUCCGCAUUGGCGUAUUUGGGGGAGAUUCUACCCAUCUUGCUGCGACGGACAGAUGGAUCAUGGAUCAUGGGUCAUGGGUGCCAGUGGGUGAUGGACGAUGGACGAUGGACGAUGGAUGACGAGACAGAGACAGCGAUACGAUCCAGUGCACAGUACAUACUGUACAAUCGCAGUGGGGAUAAUAGGUCUCCAGAUAUGAGUUGCUCAUGCCUAUCAUACGCUAUCGAGAGAGCAUCCUCCAGGAAGGUAAGACAAUGGUGGAAUAGAAUGGCGAUUAUGCUGCUGUGCACGUUGCGUGAUUCGCGAAGAAGAUUGGCAAAGAUAGGAGGGAGCGAAAGUUGCAGGCAUUUUGACGGGGGAGGUAGAAGAAAAGGAAAUAUGGUCUGUCUAAGGUAUGUAUAAGAGGCCCAUUAUAUACAACAUGUACAGUAGGGGUCUACCUUAUAUCUACAAAUCCUCAGUCGUCGCAGCGGGACGACUCGGAGGGGCAGAAAAGAGACGUCCCGG